ACAUCUUGAGCUGAAAACAUCAGAAUGGGCAUUCGUAGUCGUUCAAAGAAGCGUAGAGAAAGGGGUACGCAGAAUAAGGAUGUCAAAAUUAAGGAAUCUACAGGUGUGAAUAUUGACAAGCAAAAUGACUUUCGGCCACUGUUUACUUCAACAAUUGAAGGAAAUAUUACUCCCCAAAGUACUAGGGCUUCUAACUCAACGUCUGUUCCACUUACUAAAUCUAAUCCAGCUAGGAGAAGUUAUGUUGAGGUUCUUACAAGUAGUGAACCUAACAAAAGGUCAUCGGCCGAAUGUAUAAUUACACAUUCUGAUGAGGGAGAUGGAAAAGAGAUUGGGACGGUUGUUAGCCACCAUGGUGACAGCACCAAAGCUGAAAAUUCAGGGCAAUUUCUCAAUACACGUACUUCUUUCUUUGUUGCAAAACCCAGCAUAAACACUGUAAUUGGUCCCUUGUCCAUUUACCGCCGAUGUCAUUUGGUCUCUGGUUUAGUACUAUAUGAGGGAUCCCUGAAUCAAUCAGCCGACCCUCUCAAUCCACUGUAUGUCAAUGUCUCAGUCAUGUCAAAUGUUGAGGGAGAACAACGAUGGUUUACGGUUUGCCAGCCAGAUAUUGAGUUGUGUGUCCACCAUUAUCUGCAUCAGUCCAAGCAUCUUAUUGUUCCAAGAAUUCGCUAUGACCUGGUUACCUGGUACAAAUACGCAGAAAAGCGUUACAAAUUCCAUGGAUCUUCUAAUUGGGUCCAGUUUGUUAAACCCUUUCUCCAUCCAGUGUUGAGAUUGCUAAUGGCAUGGCUGAGGUAUGCGAUCCCCAGAGGAUACAGUAACGGACAAUUGCUUAACUGCAUCUACUUCUUAGAUCAUUUUGAACCACGCCUUCUGAUUAAAGAUUCUGACGUAGGUGAUCCGCGCCUUGAUGUACAUUUGGUGAAACACCUCAUCUAUGUUGUGGUCAACCAACAAACUGCAGAUCAACUGAACCGCAGUUAUGAUAAUUACCCAGAAAUGAAGACAGGUGUUGCAGACUAUACAAUCAACUUUAACUUCCUCGACAAGUUUAAAGCAAACAGGUAAGCGACCUUUUUUUUUUUUUUUUUUGCAUUGCUCUUGCCAAUCUGGUAUUUGUUAGAAAAAUAUAUGAAAUUAUUUUAA